AUGUUAUCCUCGAGAGCCUCUCUCGCCGCCACGAGGCGUCUAGUCCCCACUACGAGUUUCGCUCAACAAGCCGGUUGGACAUGUGCCCAGUGUCGCAACUCGAUUCCAACACUUCGAAAAGGGGUUCCGAGCCUACUUCGCGCGAAUGGCCCGACAACGAGACGAUAUGGCAGUAAGACUGGUGAAAACGGAGGGCGCCAGGACCAUAACUAUGGUGGCAGAUCGAGAGCCAGGAGGUCAGCUGUGCUGGCCGCAACAGGAGGUGGUGUCGCCGCCGCCGCCGCUACGGUUGGUGGAAGUUUACUUGCCUUCGGGGACGAUAUCAAGAACUCAUAUGAAGCGAUGGAGAGAACGGGCAGGGUGGCUGCCGCACUGAUGUGCCGACAGGACACUAAAGGUUCUAGAGCAGAGUGGUGGCAUCUUCAUCAAAGCGCAAUGAACUAUCUCCUCCCACCCGAAUGGACCACGACGUUCAUCCCCCUCCAAGAUAGAUGCCCCGUUUCCUCGUUCGAAUCGAUCCAAGCCAUGUUCAAAGCCGAUACUGGACAAGACCUUUUGGAUUACUUUUCCGAGUUCUCCCCCGAGCCGAUAGGUGCCGCCUCUCUUGCGCAGGUCCAUAUGGCUACGAUCAGGGAAACUGGUCAAAGGGUCGCCGUCAAAGUACAGCACCCAUCCCUUAAGAAAUGGGCCAAACUCGACAUGAACCUCACCUCGUUUACCUUUUCCACAUUGAAGCGCUUCUUUCCUGAAUAUGACCUCGAGUGGCUAUCCUCCGAAGUAGAGGUUUCGUUACCGCAAGAACUCAAUUUCGAAUGCGAAGCUGAGAACUCGAAACGGACAAAGGAGUACUUUGGGAGUCUGUCACAGCCUCUGCCGCUCGUGAUCCCGGAUGUGCUCUGGGCAAAGAAGCGCAUUUUGGUUAUGGCAUGCGAAACGGGCAAGAGACUGGAUGAUUUGGACUACAUGGACUCGCAAGGGAUCGACAGAGACGAGGUAUCUGCCACCUUGGCGAGGAUAUUCAACGAGAUGAUUUUUGGUGAGGGGGCCCCGCUGCACUGCGAUCCUCACGGAGGUAACAUCGCCAUUCGAAAGAACCACACUAGAAGAAGAGGACCGAACUUUGAUAUUGUGCUCUAUGACCACGGGCUGUAUAGAGAUAUCCCCCAGGAUUUGAGGAGGAGCUACGCCAAGAUGUGGCUGGCAGUGAUUGAUGGGGAUAUGGAAGGGAUGAAGAAGUAUGUCAACGAGGUGGCGGGCAUUGGGGAGGACAAGUUCCCUCUGUUUGCCUCGGCCAUCACUGGGAGGGACUUUAUGAUUGUGAGCGACACCAAUGAGGGUGGUGUGAUGAAGCCGAAGGAGGCGAGCGAGCAAAAGACCAUGAGCACUGCGUUGCAAGAGGGUUUGCUGGCGGACUUGGUGCAGAUGUUGGGACAAGUGCCGAGAAUUAUCCUGUUGAUUCUGAAGACGAACGACUUGACGAGGAGUCUGGAUGAGAGUUUGCAUACAAAGCAGGGGCCGGUCAGACAGUUCCUGAUUCUGGCCAGGUAUUGCAUGCGGACGGUGUUUUACGAGCAGCUGGAAGAGAUCAAGAAGAGAGGGAGUCUGUACUGGCCACCAAAUGCCAUCAGGGUGUUUGCCGCCUGGCUGGGAUUCUUGAGGGUAGAGUUGAAGCUUGAGGCGUUUGAACUCUGGUUGAGCGCGAAGCGGUUGCUGGGAUACAAGAACUUGGGGUUAGAGGCGGCUGCAUGA